CCGGUAUGUGGUGCUUCCCCCGUUUUGAUGCUUAGGCCGAGUUUUUGCAACUUUCUGACUUUAGCCUUUAUUUAAUUUCAAUAGUGAAAGACUCUUAAACUACGAAAGGAUGCCUGUUGAUGAUUUAUAUGACACUGACAGUGACGAUGAAUUGCCACAUGGAUGGGAGGAAAGGGCGACCGAAGAUGGAUGGGUUUAUUAUGCAAGCCAUUUGUUGAAGAAAACUCAGUGGGAAAAUCCAAAAAGUGGAAAAAGAAAAAGAGUAGCUUCAGAAUUGCCUUAUGGUUGGCAGAGGAAGGUUGAUGAACAAAAUAGAAUUUUCUAUGUUGAUCAUCUGAAUCAUCGUACAACAUAUACUGAUCCUCGUCUUGCGUUUGCAUAUGAUGUUGAAGAUAAAGAUAGAUAUAGUUUUAGACAAAGGUUUGAUUCCAGUAGUACUACAGAUCAAGUAUUAGAAGGAAGAGAUCUCUCAGGGAAGGUUGCAAUCAUAACUGGUGCAAAUUCUGGAAUCGGAUAUGAGACUGCUCGCUCACUUGCUCACCAUGGUGCUCAAGUUAUUCUUGCAUGUAGAAACAUAGAAAAGGGAAAUGCAGCUGCAAGAGACAUAAGAAAAAAUAGAGAAGAUACAAAAGUUCGAGUUAUGGAAAUUGAUCUAUGUUCUUUACAAAGUGUUAAAAGAUUUGCUCUGGAAUUCAAGACUACAGGAUUGCCUCUUCACUAUCUGAUACUGAAUGCUGGAGUCUUUGCAUUGCCAUGGCAACUGACUGUGGGAGCAUUAGAGCGAACUUUUGCUGCAAAUCAUAUCGGACAUUUCUAUCUCACAAAACUCCUCGCUCAAUGUCUUAUAGAAAGUGCUCCUGCUCGAGUUGUUGUUGUGUCAUCAGAAUCACAUCGCUUUGUGAACAAGGAUGACUGUAUCAAUCUUAAUGAUCUCUCACCUCCACAACAUCAGUUCUGGGCAUCAACACAAUAUAAUAGAACAAAAUUGUGCAAUAUAUUAUUCAGCAAUGAACUUCAUCGUAAGCUGAGAUCAAAAGGUGUAGCUUGCAAUUCUCUUCAUCCUGGGAACAUGAUGUUUACUUCAUUACCUAAAUCGUGGUGGUUCUACUAUCUUGUGUUUUUUAUGGUACGACCUUUCACAAAGACAAUGAGACAAGGCGCCGCUACCACAGUAUUCGUUGCUACUGCUCGUGAGUUGGAAGGUAUUGGUGGAAUGUAUUUCAACAAUUGUUAUCGUUGCCAGACCAGCGAAACAGGGCAAAAUAAAAUUCUCGCUGGCAAAUUAUGGAAACUCUCUGAAGACUUGAUAAACGAAAAACUUAAAGUCAAAGCCGACGAAUGAAUUCUUCCUUGAAGACGAACCAUUUGAUCCAUGCAUGUUGUACAUAUAUGUACAAGCAAAUUAGUUACGGCCUAUUAAUGUGUAUCUCCAUGAAAUAGAGAUUUUAAUGCUGACAUGGGUCAGGUUAACAGGUAUUUUCACGGGGAACUGUUUGUUGAUAUUUAUGAUCGGAAGCAGUUAUUUUGUAUUUAUAAAAUUACUGCUUGAUAUGGGAACAGGGCUUUCUAGUCUCAGAUAUGAUUUUCUGUGAUGCAAACGGAGUUUGAUUCAGUAUUCGUUUGUUAAAAAAUAUGACGUAAUAAAUGAAAUUGUGCAAAAUCUAUUUUAUGAUUAUUGUGAUGAGAAAAACGCCCGCAGACCGGUGUAUGAUUUCUUGUCGCCGUGUAUGUUUUAUUUCGAUUGUAUAUAUAAAUACUUUUGGAAUAUUAUGUAUUCAAGGUAAAAUUUCCCAAAAUAUUACGAUGUUCCUUAAAAAGCUGUUGUUUUUUCUAAAAUAACCAUUUUUUUCAUCUUCCUACUCGCAAUACGGUAUUCAAAAAAAAAAUGAAUACAACAAAUGCUAAGCGUUUUGGUAUCUGUUAGUGUUCGAAUGCGGUUCGAAAUACGCGAAAGUGAAACAUUAUUAUAAAAUGACGAAAUAAACUGCUUUGAACUAUCUGUUUUAUAUUAUUUUUACUGGAAAAGAAAUAUUUUAGUACGACAUCUUGUAUAUCGUUCCCAGUUGGAAUUGUCUUGUAAAAUGCCUUCACAUAAAUUUUCUCCCCGCGUAUAUUACAUUGAAAUUACAGAUCAGUGAUUUCCAACCUUUUUCGUCAAAUCCCCCCCUCAUAUGCAUAAACAUCAUUUUAUCACUUUAUCGGUUUUGUACAGAGUUUAGGUAGUUCAUAAUGUAUGUAUAAAUAAGUAAUAUACUAAUAUUAAAGAAUUGAGUAAUAUCAGUAAUACAAUACUACAGCGAAUAAAAUUCUUCCCUAAAA